AUGACUGGAAGAGCUAACAAACCAGGCGAAGGCCGCAGCAGCCAACCGCAUAACCCAACCAGUACCCAUCGACUAAAUCCGGCCAAUCGAGGCCGUCGAUCACCAAGUCCGAUCGAAGCAGCAUCGCAGCGCCCCCGUAAGCGCGUCCGUUUCGUCGACAUAGAGAGCUUGUCGAGUGAAGAAUUAGAAUCUUCCUCCCACUCCCAUCGACCGCGACACAAGAGGCCUCGCUCACAGUCGAGAUCUCAUCAUCAUUCUCCAGCAAACAUGGCAUCGAGACCCGGACAAUUCCGCGUGAGCUCUGCCAGCGACCGAAUCCCAUCAAGAACACAGCCGUUGAAGAGUAUCCUUCGUACAGGAGGGCCGGCUACCCAACGUCCCGCCGUAUCACAGCCGUCUGAGAAUAACCUAUUUACAGGAGCUCCGGCUAACCCAUACCCCUUCGAACACAUACUUUCAAGUGAAUCGCUGCCUUCGCAUGCUAACUUAGACAGUGGUACCAGAGAGCCUGUAAACAUCAUAAAUACAAGAAGCAGGGUAUCUCCAAUUACUGAUGUGCCCCAAGAGCCAAUCCAGAGAAGCCUGAGAUGGACAAGCGAGGAUUCAGAAGAAGACCAUGUGUCGCAAGAAAUACCUCAGCAUCCAAUCCAACCUAGUGGAGUUAUAUGUGCUAAUUGUAAUAAAUCAGGUCAUACCGUACGAGAUUGCGUAACGAAUUGGUCUCCCGCAGGUGAUAUACCCGGAUGCUACCGAUGCAAUGAUAUAUCGCAUACGAUUGAUAGCUGUCUAGUUCAGCCACGAUAUAACGACGCCACAAGGUAUCAGAUCGAGGUGGUUAAUCGUGCAGGCCGUCCGCCUUUACGGUCAAUACGUGGAUGGAACCAACUAGCUGUGGCAAUGAACCAUCAAGGACCUGGUCCAAUCGGUAAGCAGUUUAUGACAAAGCUGCUUUCGACACACUUUGAUCGAUGGAAUUAUGAGCUGUCGGGUAUCCAGCAAUUCGACCUACUGGUCAAUGACUCUGCUUCCAGUGGCCUAGAACAAAUUAAGAUCCUUCCAAAUCAGGGUUAUCUUAGUGGACCAGAGAAUAUAACAGUAACAGCACGGUGUGGAAAGUUCUGCUCACUCGUCAUCGUAAUCCGAUUGCCAUCGGGGCCCCGAGUAGUAGAUAAUACUAUUCCGCAAAGGCCGGACCCGACGCAGAGUGGAACAGGAAUAACCCUUGAAGACGGCACCCCGAUAGAAGAAGCAACUAAAUUAGCUGCGAAUAUUCUAGUGUACCGGAUGACAGCCAUGCAGUUCUUAACAGGUUACUAUAAAUGCAUGAUAGAUAUGGUUUGUGCACUAACAGGAAAAUCUGAUCUGAUCACAACUAUAUGGCAGUCCAGAAAUCCCGGCGAUCGCGAACCACAUAAUUUCAGCUAUCAUCCCAUAGACAUUGUGUGUGCGAAUUGUCGCAGACAUGGCCACGCCCUACAAGGCUGUGUAACGGUUUGGGAUCCUUCAGGCGAUAUUCCAGGCUGUUACCUAUGCAACGUCCUGACCCAUACCAUUGACAACUGCCCAAAAGGGUCGCAGCUGAAUAAUGCCACACGAUAUCAGCUGGAGGUUGUGAGCCGUAUCGGCCGACCCCCUUUACGUUCAACUCAAGGAUGGAAUCGACUCGCCGUCGUGAUGAAUCAUCAGGGACCCGGCCCCAUCAGCAGAAAGAGGAUGGCAACUCUUGAUCGCAAUCAUUUUCACCGGUGGAACUAUGAUCUCUCGCCAAUAAACCAGCGAAGCCUGCUGGUAGAAGAUCCCACGACACACAACUCAAGCUACAUCAGAGACCUUCCCGACCAGGGCUACUUUGAAACAAGACCCCACGAGUCCUGA